AUGGCGGUCGCAGUGGCUAAGGAGGAGAUGGACUACGCAAUCAAGCCUGAGGCUAGUUCCUCGAAAAUUGACACGUCGGAGUGGCCGCUUCUUCUGAAGAAUUAUGACAAGCUGCUUGUCAGGACCGGUCAUUUCACGCCAAUCCCCGCUGGUAGCACUCCUUUGAAGCGCGACCUGAAGUCGUACAUCAACUCCGGUGUCAUCAACCUGGACAAGCCUUCAAACCCCUCCAGUCACGAGGUUGUUGCUUGGAUGAAGAGAAUCCUGAGGGCGGAGAAGACUGGUCACAGCGGAACCCUCGACCCCAAGGUCACCGGUUGCUUGAUUGUCUGCAUUGACCGUGCCACUCGCCUGGUGAAAUCCCAACAGGGUGCCGGAAAAGAAUACGUUUGCGUUAUCCGCCUUCAUGAUAAGAUUCCUGGUGGCGAGGCCCAGUUUAAGCGGGCUCUCGAGACAUUGACUGGAGCUCUUUUCCAGCGGCCGCCAUUGAUCUCUGCUGUUAAGCGUCAGCUUCGUAUCCGGACAAUCCACGAAAGCAAGCUGUACGAGUUCGACAACGAGAGACACCUUGGUGUCUUCUGGGUCAGCUGUGAAGCCGGAACCUACAUUAGAACCCUCUGUGUCCACUUGGGUCUUCUGCUCGGUGUUGGUGCGCACAUGCAGGAACUCCGCCGUGUUCGCAGUGGUGCCAUGGAUGAGAACAGUGGAAUGGUGACCCUGCAUGACGUUUUGGAUGCCCAGUGGAUGUACGACAACCAGCGGGACGAGUCUUAUUUGAGGAAGGUCAUCAAGCCUCUGGAGACUCUCCUCACCACGUACAAGCGUAUUGUUGUCAAAGAUAGCGCUGUGAAUGCUGUAUGCUAUGGUGCUAAGCUGAUGGUUCCUGGUCUCCUCCGCUUCGAGGCUGGCAUUGAGGUCAACGAGGAGGUAGUCCUCAUGACCACUAAGGGUGAGGCUAUUGCCAUCGGUAUCGCUCAAAUGUCGACCGUCGAGCUGUCCACCUGCGAUCACGGCGUUGUCGCCAAGGUCAAGCGUUGUAUCAUGGAACGCGACCUGUACCCCCGUCGCUGGGGUUUGGGGCCUGUGGCUUUGGAGAAGAAGAAGCUCAAGUCCGCCGGAAAGCUGGAUAAGUACGGCCGUGCUAACGAGGCUACGCCUGCUAAAUGGAAGAACGACUACAAGGAUUACAGCGCACCUGAAGAAGAAGGCGCACAGGUGGCUCAACCCGUCGUCAAGGAAGAUGCUGCCACUCCUGCCGAGCAAACGGAAACCCCUUCUUCUCCCAACAAGAUGGAUGUUGAUGAUGACGACGACGAGAAGAAGAAGCGCAAGCGCCACGAAGGUGAGACGCCUGAGGAACGGGCCGAGCGCAAGCGCAAGAAGAAGGAGAAGAAGGAAAAGAAGGAGCGCCGGAAGUCCAAGCAGGAGAAGGAGGAGAGCGACGAUAGUGAUUAAACGCUUCCGGGAAGUUCUUUACCUGCCUCAGAACGGGGAGCGGCCGCUAUUCAAUCGGUCUCGGCUUGUUGGAGCGUCGCUUGGGUAUGAUUCCUGUAACAUACUUGUUUCUUUGUGUCGGAGUCUUGGGUUUGAAAAGGGAAUCUAUUUACUAAAGAGAUUUUUGUUGCGGUUCUUGUAUGUCAGUGUC